AUUGCAUCUCGCGCUUCCAUAUAAUGACCCAUUCCAUUUCGUUUUCAGAAGGAAAGGCCUAUUCCGGUGCUCUCUCUCUCUCUCUCUCUCUCUCACAGAUAUUCUCUGCCUCUCCUAAUUAAGGCAUAAAAGAUGGCUGAUGGUGAGGAUAUUCAACCCCUUGUUUGUGACAAUGGAACAGGAAUGGUGAAGGCUGGAUUUGCUGGAGAUGAUGCUCCACGAGCUGUGUUUCCUAGCAUUGUUGGUCGUCCCCGUCACACUGGUGUGAUGGUUGGCAUGGGCCAGAAAGAUGCAUAUGUUGGUGAUGAGGCUCAGUCCAAGCGUGGUAUUUUAACUUUGAAAUACCCAAUUGAACAUGGUAUUGUCAACAACUGGGAUGACAUGGAAAAGAUCUGGCAUCACACCUUCUACAAUGAGCUUCGUGUUGCCCCAGAAGAGCACCCUGUACUUCUAACUGAGGCUCCACUGAACCCUAAGGCUAAUCGUGAGAAGAUGACCCAAAUCAUGUUUGAGACCUUCAAUGCUCCUGCUAUGUAUGUGGCCAUUCAGGCUGUUCUAUCCUUAUAUGCCAGUGGCCGUACAACUGGUAUUGUGUUGGACUCUGGUGAUGGUGUCAGUCACACAGUCCCAAUAUACGAGGGAUAUGCCCUCCCACAUGCUAUCCUUCGCCUUGACCUGGCUGGCCGUGACCUUACUGAUGCCUUGAUGAAAAUUCUCACUGAGCGUGGUUAUUCUUUCACCACAUCAGCUGAACGGGAAAUUGUGAGGGACAUGAAAGAAAAGCUGGCUUACAUUGCUCUUGACUAUGAGCAGGAGCUAGAGACUUCCAAAACUAGCUCAAAUGUAGAGAAGAGCUAUGAAUUGCCUGAUGGACAGGUCAUCACCAUUGGUGCUGAGCGUUUCCGUUGCCCAGAAGUCCUCUUCCAACCAUCCAUGAUUGGGAUGGAAUCUGCAGGCAUUCACGAGACUACUUACAACUCCAUCAUGAAGUGUGAUGUGGACAUCAGGAAGGACUUGUAUGGUAACAUUGUCCUCAGUGGUGGCACAACCAUGUUCCCUGGCAUUGCUGACAGAAUGAGCAAGGAAAUCUCUGCAUUGGCACCAAGUAGCAUGAAAAUCAAAGUGGUUGCACCACCAGAGAGGAAGUACAGUGUCUGGAUUGGUGGCUCCAUCUUAGCUUCCCUCAGCACUUUCCAACAGAUGUGGAUUGCCAAGGCAGAAUAUGAUGAAUCUGGGCCAUCAAUUGUGCAUAGGAAGUGUUUCUAAAUGUUUUGAGAUUAGGAUUGUUGAAGGAAGAGGGGAAAAGAGAAAACUUCUGUUUUGUUUCUUGGGAAGAAGUGGGCAGCUUGCCCACUUUUUUAUUUUAUUUAUUUAUUUCAUCUUCGUUCUUGUAUGUUUACUAUGCUGUUGGAAUGAUAAUUUUGAAAAGGCGAUGAGUUCAUUGCCAAAAUGGCCUGUUCACUAUUCUUUCGUU